UUUUAGUAAAUGGAGGAAGAGAUUAGUCGGAAAGAGCAAGAAGAAAGAUCAAUUCUUAAGAAAUCUGACAGAAUUUAUAAAGACCUUUAUUCAGCUCCUCACCAAAAUUCAUGAUAUUUAAAGGAAUUCUCUAAAAAGGAUAUAUUGUUCUUGAUUGAAGGGAGUAUUCCUUGUGGCAAGUUUGCAAAGAGAAUCCACCCUAUUGCAGCUUCAAAACUGAUUAAGAUAGUAUUUUCUUGUUUUCAAAACAGAGAUAAAAACAUUCUGAACUUCAUCCUUUGUUGUUUUCCUCGCAAAGUGAAUUAUCUCAGAAUGUAUGGAAGCAGUGAACUUCCUAAAUCAAAAAACUAUUUCCCUGAAUUAAUCAAAAAUUCUUGUAAAGUUCAAGACAAAGUGAACUUUAGUGACUUCAUAAUCAAUUUCAGACAGCUCCAAAAGAUCGUUUCUGCAUUCAGACAUGUAAAAUCUUUAAACAUUAUUAGCUCUAUCAUUUCAGUACCCAAAGUACCUGACUUCACCCAUGCAUUAGAUAAUACAAGAAUCAGUGAGCUGAUUUUUGAUUCAUGUGGAGUUGUGAAUAGAAGCAACUGGGCCAAUAACCCUCAAGAAUUCACAAACCUCAUUGAAGGAUUGUCUAAAUCUCAAGACCUCAAACAAGCCCUACACUACUUUAGCAUCAAAAAUUGCAACCUCAAAGAAACCCCAACCAGAAAAAUCCUCAACACCCACAAUUUCCUAAACACAACCCUUAUCCUCUAACUCUCUCCCUCAAAA